GAUCUCUACCAUUCUAGGUUUCCUUAUAUAAAACUUAUAAUUUAUAGCUUGAACAUUUAAGGUUAGCUUUAGUUCACUAUGUGGUGAUAUAUGGAGAAGGAGGCUUUCUCGGAUUUUCCUCUUUUAAGCUGACUUAAUCUCUUUUUGUCUCGCUUUAUGUAAAGUUUCUAUCCUUCCCACAUUCAGUAUCUUGAAUCAUCUCAUUGCGUGGUGGCUAUCAAAGACGCAAAACAAUAUCCUUCAGCUCUGUUGUAUAAUGUAUACUUCACCACUACGGUAGGUCUGCUUGGUUGUUAAGCAACCACAGGUUUGAAAGUAGGUGUAGGCAUGUAGAAAGGAUGAGAAUGCUAAGGGGGGGGGGUUGUGAAAUCAAGAAAGAAGACCAGUAUUGAUGAUAUUUGAAUCAGAGAUAUGAGCUGAUUGCAUUAAGGUUAGAUGAUGGAUGGUUAUUGAAGAUAAUUUGUGGAGUGAGGGAAGCUAAUGCUCUAUUGUGUCAUUUGGUGUUAUUAUAUGUCCUAUGUGCACACCCGUCACGUACUUUUUGUGGCGAUUUGAUGGAAGAGAUUAAGGCUUUGGUCCAUCGUCACCCAGAUAAACUCACUAUGGAGACGCAUAAAGCUAGAAAUAAGGGCUAUAGUGCUGAGGUCACGGUUGUUACUUAUUGCAAAGGCAAGAGAGAGAAUCAUGAGCGGUCUAAAUUUAGGAUCCUUAUGAGUUUUGGGCAGCAUGGAAGGGAGCUGAUUACUUCAGAACUUGCUCUAAGGAUUUUGUCAAUUCUUAGUGAAGAACGAUUUCUACCCAGCAUGGAUCAAGCUUCCUUGAAUAGUACACUUGACAAGCUUGUAAUAAAGGUGAUUCCAAUGGAAAACUUGAAUGGCCGCAAACUUGUUGAAUCAGGAGAUCUCUGUGAGAGAAGAAAUGGCAGAGGAGUUGAUCUCAACCGAAAUUGGAGUGUAGAUUGGGGCAAAAAAGAGAAGGAUUAUGAUCCAUAUGAGGAGAAUCCUGGAGCUUCUCCUUUUAGCGAGCCUGAAACUCAAAUUGUUCGGAAGCUUGCCAUAUCAUUUGAUCCACACAUAUGGAUUAAUGUGCACUCUGGAAUGGAGGCUCUUUUUAUGCCAUACGAUCAUAAAAAUACAACCCCUAAUGGAUUGCUGUCACAACGGAUGAAGUUAUUGCUUGAAGAAGUAAACCAUCUUCAUUGCCAAAAUCGUUGCAUGAUUGGGUCCGGUGGUGGUUCUGUUGGGUAUUUGGCUCAUGGGACAGCGACAGAUUUUAUGCAUGACAUUGUGAGGGUCCCCAUGGCUUUUACAUUUGAGAUAUAUGGAGACGGAACAGCCUCAUCAAAAGACUGUUUUAGAAUGUUUAAUCCCACUGACGGCUUUAGCUACAGCAGAGUCCUCAAUGAUUGGUCAGCGGCAUUCUUUACGAUUUUCAAAUUGGGGCCUUUCCGGCUCAGUGAAAUCCAUUCAAAUGCAUCCAUAUCCAAGUUGGAUAAGUGGGUAUCAAUAGAUGAAUAUUUAGAUGGGUAUUUGGUGGAGAGGAGAAAUAGAUAUGACAAGAAAAUGGAGGUGAUUGAACUUGGAAUGCAAGAGAUAAGAACAUAUUUUAGGCUCUUCUUGUUAUCUUCAGUUUUGCUAAUGUUCAUGUUCUGUUCCAGAAUUUCAAAAAGCAAGUACAGUAGACCAAUUGUUUCAGCUGCGCCCCUCUAAAUUUAUCAUUUGUAUGUAGGGCGCAGCUUGAACUGUAUAUCCAAUUUUGAAAAACAAUCGUCUGUAUUACUAAGAAACAUUUCAUAAUUUGAUUCUUUAUUGUCUCCAA